AUGCCCCAUCAAAAUCGAUUUUAUGAUAUCACCAGUGAUACAGCCACGGAACCAACUGAUGAUAUGUUUGAAUUGAUGAAGGAUGCCAGUAAAGGAGAUGACGUUUUUGGUGAAGAUACCUCUGUAAACGCAUUGGAAGCACAUGUCGCUAAGCUCCUAGGUCAGGAAUCAGCAUUGUUUUGUGUCAGUGGUUGCAUGACCAACCAACUGGGCCUUCGAGUUUUACUGACACAGCCUCCUCACUCUGUUUUGCUCGAUGCUCGAUCCCAUAUCUUCAAUUAUGAAUGUGGCGGCCUCGCUUAUCACUCACAGGCAAGCGCAUCUCCUGUGGUCCCUCAAAAUGGACAUCACUUGACCGUACAAGACAUCUCCUCCAAUUUAAUCACUGAUACUCUUUGCUCACCUGUUACCAAGGUCGUUGCUCUCGAGAACACUUUGAAUGGUAGCAUCAUGCCGUUAGAUGAAAUCAAGCGCAUUCGUGAAUUUACAUUGUCUCAUGGUCUCAAAAUGCAUUUGGAUGGCGCCCGUCUCUGGAACGCUAGUCAGGAAACAGGAAUUCCAUUGCACGAAUAUGGACAAUACUUUGAUACUAUUUCUGUGUGCCUGUCCAAAGGCGUCGGAGCACCCAUCGGAUCCAUUUUGGCAGGAUCUAGACAAGAUAUCAUCAGAGCUCGUCAUCUUCGCAAGCUGAUGGGAGGCGGAUGGCGCCAGGCUGGUCUCUUGGCUGCUGCUGCUCAUCAUUGCAUUGAUACUGUGGUACCUACAAUGAAACAAACACAUCAACUCACACGACGAUUGGCAGCUGGCUUGCAAGACUUGGGAAUGGAGCUCACUUACCCUUGCGAGACCAACAUGAUCUUUUUGAAUACAGCGCCAGCUGGUAUUACAGUUGAUGCGCUUGCAGCGGCAUUAAAGCAGCAUAAUAUCAUCAUGUCCAAAGAUCCCGGUUACGAGGCUAGACUUGUUUUGCAUUAUCAGAUCCCUGAGCAUGUUGUAGAUGUGUUCAUCAAUGUAGCUUCCGAGCUGGUUAAGAAGAGAAAAUUAGACGCUACACCCAUAGAAAAUGUGAAGGCGACUGGAGCAGUGUAUCCCUCUUCAAGUAAUCAAUAA